AUGCCAUCAUCCCUCCUGCUUGCCUACAAUUUGACCUGGGCAUUCAUGUCAUGCAUGACUCUGCAGGUGAUGAGCCAACCCCUGCCCAGCAGGGUGCCCAGCCUGGAGGAGAUGGACAAGUACAAGUCGGCAGGCGGCCACGUGUCCUACCUCAACAAGUACAACCUGGCUGACAAGACGAUUGGCUGCUAUCUGGCAUCGGUUUCCAUUGAGGACACCAUUGAGAUCCUGGUCAUUGGCAGGAUGAAGGGGCUGCACCACCGUGCAAAAUUUACCCUGCCUGAGCCUACCAAGACACUCGCCAUCAAGGACUACCCCUUGACCAUGUUUGAUAAAGUAUCCUGGCCUGUUCUGGGCAUCCUGGCUAACGACAAGGGCAGACAUGCUGUGCCCUGGGCGUGUGAUACCCUGGGCGUCAGUACAAAGCAGAUAUCAUCAGCCUUGAAGGGGAACAACAUUAAGGGUUAG